AGUCUUACAGGAUUGACGUUCGCUACUGGUAGAGAGAGUGUUCGCGACCGCCGGCGUCGUUGUUCCCGGCCGGCGUCCUGCGGCGGCAAGGUUUGAAGAUUCGAGAUUAAGAUUUCAAUCUUGGCUGGCUGAUCAAAGAUUCAUAGUUACUGUAGUAAUAAUAGAGAAUACGACGAGAUCCCGAUGGCAUGCUCGCUGUUUCGCACCCUCCGCCGUGCUUCUUCAUCGCAUCUCUCCCUCUUUACUCUGAUAUCCUCCUCCUCCUCCUCCUCAACUCCUCUUCUCCGGGUAAUAGCUGCUCCUGCCAUUCAACCAAAUUACUACUGCUGGCCGAUGAGAAACUUUAGUAGUAACGGUUUGGUUAAUCUAGUGAUAUCCCAAGGAAAACCUAAGUUCGAGACCCACGAAAUCGACCCUCCUAAAAAAGAGAAAUGGCUUACAAAGAAGAGGUUGAAGCUGCAGCGAAAGAGGGAUAAGCAGAAGAGGACAUCUGCCAAUAGAAGGGAUCCUCGACACCUUGGAAUCACAGGGAGGAAAAAGCAGAAAUUCGCUAAUGCAGAGGAAAGGAUCAAGUAUAAGCUUGAAAAGGCUCGGAUAAAGGAGGCCAUGCUGAUUGAAAGGCUGAAGAGGUAUGAAGUUCCUAAAGCUCAAGGUCCUGUUGUAAAACCGAAUGAUCUAACAGGUGAAGAGCGGUUUUAUAUGAAGAAGAUGGCGCAGAAGGGAUCCAACUACGCCCCGAUUGGAAGAAGGGGAGUCUUUGGAGGCGUAAUUCUCAACAUGCAUAUGCAUUGGAAAAAGCACGAAACUGUUAAGGUCUUUUGCAAACCAUGUAAACCGGGACAAGUGCAAGAUUACGCACAAGAGAUUGCGAGGCUGAGUGGCGGAACUCCUAUUCAGAUCAUUGGUCAAGACACUAUCAUAUUUUAUCGAGGAAGGAAUUACGUGCAGCCAGAAGUCAUGUCUCCUAUCGAUACAUUGUCCAAGAAACGGGCACUUGAGAAAUCGAAAUAUGAGCAAUCUCUCGAGUGUGUGAGGCGAUUCAUUGCCAUUGCGGAUAAGGAACUAGAGCUAUACUAUAGGCAUACUGCACUUUAUGGUGACCCGAAAAAUAGAAAUCCCUGCAAAAUUCUUGACGGCCCUAGAAAAUACAUUAACGCGUUUAAGGAAGGUCAAGAGCAUCAAAGACUACAUUGUGUUGAUUUGAAUGGUAAUGAAUUUUCUUCAUCUCAAUUGGAAAAUCUGCAGUGUGUGGAAGCUGAUGAAGACGAGGAUUAAUGUGUUUCAGAAGGUGAAAGGUUUUAAUGUUUAACAUUGUUUUGAAUAUUUGGUUUAUACAAAUGCUUGUUAAUAGGUACAAUUUGACAAUUAUCUUUUAACUAAACAAUUGAAAACAUUUAUCCAAA